UUUGCUUCACUUGAGAGAUAUUUUAAUACGAAUGCAUAUAUACGCGUAUGAAGACACCGGUGAUCGUACGUACGCUCGCGCACACAUUCAUCCUUAUAUAUAAUUAUACAAACAUAUAUAUGUAUAUAUACGUUUACACAGGAGUCCUAUUGAGAAUAAUCGUGCAACGACGUCUAGGAUUAAAUAGCGAUAUAUCGCCGGGCGAAUUGUCUGUCAAGCUGAGCUGUUUUAUUUUCCCUAAGGGAACAACGUCGUUCUCUCGCACCUCCUUGCUACAGGAAUUCCGUGUAAAAGUUACAAUCCGAUCUGUCGCCGAGACGAUCAUGUCGCGUCUCGGGAGAUCCGAGAGAAAACGCGCGGAUGGGACGGACAGUUGGAGCAUCGAUUGAGGGAUCGAUCGACGUCCGGUGGAAGAUAAAAUUCAGCGUUUCCGCGAGGACGAUUAUACUUAACGGUAUAUCGAACGAAGAAUAUCGCGCGCCGAGGUAAUAAGAAGGCAGUGCAACCUGGUGCGAGGGGGAAACGCGAUACUUUGACGAUCGAUACUUUGCGAUUGAUACUUCGCAAAUCAUCACGGGAACGUAUUUAUUCGCAAUAAAGUACUCGCUUUCGCGGUACGAAGAAACGACGAGGGAAAAGAUACUCGAGAGAGGAUUGUUUACUUAACGGUUGUUUGGUGAUCUUAGAACGAUACACCGCGAUAUUAAUCCCGGUGAGAAGUGAACGACGAUCAGAGGCCAAGAUGCCGCGUUGUUACAUGGUAAAGAAGGCCCUGUGCAACAAGUACAUAAGCAGCGUUGCCAGAGGAUUUGAGAGCUGGGGUCGCGGAAGGAGCACGCCAUCGCCAACCACCAUGCAGCUGCUCGUCUCGCCCACUGAGGGGCACGUCGCACCCCCUAUUGCACAAGAGUGUCCCGACACGCAACCGAUGACUUCCGUCGUGCCCGAUGCUAAGUCCUUGAAGGAAGAAGCAUCGAGCGACGUGGUCGCGAGUACCGCGUCAACGACCACGACAUCGUCAUCAUCAUCGUCGUCGUCGACGCCGUCGUCGUUAUCCGUUAUCUCCACGGAUGCAAUAUCCGCAACGGAUUGCUCGAUGACAAUGCGAAUGGAGACGACCACCGUGAUCACCGUGACGCCAUGCACCCCGACGACGUCACCGACGACUCCAUCGCCGACAGAAUCGAUCGUCUCUCUCGCAGAGAAAAACAGCGUCGUGCGAACGGCUUCCGGGAGACCCGAAACCGCGAUGGCGACAACGUCCAUCGCGAUGCUGUACCAUCCAACAUCCGUCGGAGAAUCGUCUUCCGCCGUCUCCUCGACGUCGUCGACGACGUCCUAUCACCUGGAAGACACUCCGGAGCACUCGAGGACAGCCAACGAUUUCAGGAUACGACUCGCUCCCACGGCGUCCUGCGGCGUGCUGAUGCCCAGCCACGUGUCGUCCAUGUUCAAGGAUCGCUCCGCGGCGGAGACGGAGGCGGCGCACGAUCUUCUCGAACUAUCGCGAUCGCUGCCACCAUUGCCGCCACCGAGCGUAGCCAUCGGUCCUCAGAGCGUGAUCGAAGCGCCGGCGAGCGACGUCCAGGAGAUGACGGUCUACCAACCGGCCGAGCAGCCGAUUUAUCAGGUCAAUACGAUAGAUCUGGCCGGCUCGACCAUUUACGGUCAUCAUCAUCAUCAGCAGCAACAACAGCAGCAGCAGCAGCAGCAGCAACCCGCCACGGCCGCCAGCAUCAUUUACGAACCUAGCGCGACUAUUGUACCACCCUCGGGCAGCGUCUUCAUACCUUUGUCGCCGGUACAGGAGAUUCUACUCACGUACAGCACGUCCACUAUACCGUGCACGUCGAUCGUCGCUCAGCAGUCACAGCAUCAGCCGCCACCGCCGCCGCCACAGCAGCAACAACAAUCUCAGCAGCAGCCGUUGCAGCAGAUCGAGACGACCCCGCCGUUGACGCCACCGACUUCCGAGUGUAGUAGUGACAUCGAGAACAGCAACCCGAACUCGCAGCCGUCGCAGAGGGACAAGGAGGUGCAGACCAUUACCGAGCAAACGGAUGGGGUGAAACCGGCCAGUUACACGUAUGACACGUUGCUCGUCUCGGACGGCAGAUCGAAGAACAAGAAGGCAUCUCCUGUACAAAAGAAUCAAGAGACCGAACCGAUCGAGACACCCGAGACCUCCAAGACUGGUCGUUACGUGUGUUGCGAGUGCGGCAAACAGUACGCGACCUCGUCGAAUCUGUCGCGGCACAAGCAGACGCAUCGCAGCAUCGACUCGCAAUCGGCCAAGAAGUGCAUUCAUUGCGGCAAGGCGUACGUCAGCAUGCCCGCCCUGGCGAUGCACGUGCUCACGCACAAGCUAACGCAUAGCUGCGGCGUAUGCGGCAAGAUGUUCUCGCGGCCCUGGCUGCUGCAAGGUCAUCUCCGCAGUCAUACCGGCGAGAAGCCGUACGGAUGCGCUCAUUGUGGCAAGGCGUUCGCCGAUCGUUCGAAUCUGCGGGCGCACAUGCAGACCCACUCGGCCGACAAGAACUACGAGUGCCCCAAGUGUCACAAGUCGUUCGCGCUCAAGUCUUACUUGAACAAGCACCUGGAGUCGGCGUGUCAGCGCGAGAACGAGAGCGAUAGCAGCUACGACGUGGACGCGCCGUCAUAAGACGUAACCGGGAUGCCGACGACGCGCCGGACGGCGAUUACAGGUAGGUAGAUUCUCCGCGUUCGCGGAAUCAAUUCUUUAUCGUGAUUUCUCUUUCGUUGAAAAUUAACGUUGGAUUUCUUUAUCGUUUCCCGUUGGAAAAUUCUUAGCUUGCGCGUGUCGCGAGCAACUUUGCGUUUUCAUAUACCUAUUCGCGUGAGUUACGGGCACUUUAAUUUGCCGCGAUAGUCCCGCGAUCGAUCGUGACCGUUGUUCUCGUAUUUAGACCUAAUAGCGCGCUCGUGCUAACCGAUCAAUCCGCAAUUUGCAGCCGGUCAAGCACGACGUAAACGUAGAAGAUUGCAGUGACGUUAUCCGGCGUUGACCGGCGAUGUAGAAAUACAUAGUAUGCUGCACAGAUACACAUCUUUGUAUCCAUUCAUAAACCAAAAGGAUAGAAAGGGAAGAC